CAAAAUUGUCAAAUACUGUCAAAAUAUAAAAAUCAUCAUAAAUCAUAAAAUAAAAAUUGAGUGCAAGUGCAAGUUUCCACACAGAAAAUUAGGUUUAUUUUAUCUUCUUAUUUGCCAAAAAAACAUUAGCAAAAGGCAAUGAACGAGACCAUACUUUAGUGCCCCACGCGACCCUCAUGAAGAAAACCCUCUAAAACAGAUAUCAACAGGGAUUUGAAUCGCUAUCUUAUAAAACUCAGGGCUUGAAUCAAGAUGCCUCUAUUUGGAAAAUCGCAAAAGGGCCCCGCCGAAGUGGUAAAGGCCCUCAAAGAGGCCGUCAACGCUUUGGAAAAGGGCGACAAAAAGGCCGAGAAAGCCCAAGAGGACGUGUCGAAGAACCUGGUUCUGAUCAAAAAUAUGUUGUACGGGACAUCAGAGUCUGAGCCCCAGACCGAUAUUAUUGUGGCUCAGCUGGCUCAGGAACUCUACAAUAGUAAUUUGUUGUUGUUGCUAGUUCAGAAUCUGAAUCGGAUCGAUUUUGAGGGCAAGAAGGACGUGGCGCAAGUGUUUAAUAACAUUUUAAGGAGGCAAAUCGGGACUCGGUCACCUACGGUGGAAUAUAUUUGUACCAAGUCUGAGAUACUGUAUACGCUUAUGAGUGGCUAUGAACACCAAGAAAUAGCUUUAAACUGCGGAACGAUGUUGAGAGAAUGUGCCCGGUACGAGGCUCUGGCCAAAAUCAUGUUGUAUUCUGAAGAUUUCUAUAACUUUUUCCGUUACGUCGAAGUAUCUACUUUUGAUAUCGCUUCAGAUGCAUUUUCAACAUUCAAGGAACUCCUAACAAGACAUAAACUUUUGUGCGCCGACUUUUUAGAAACAAACUACGAUAAAGUGUUCAAUCACUAUCAGAGACUAUUGAAUUCCGAAAAUUACGUGACAAGGCGCCAAAGUUUAAAAUUACUCGGCGAAUUACUUUUGGAUAGACAUAAUUUUACUGUAAUGACCAGAUAUAUUUCAAAUCCGGACAACUUAAAACUUAUGAUGAACAUGCUAAAAGAACGGUCUAGAAAUAUUCAGUUUGAAGCCUUCCACGUUUUCAAAGUUUUCGUUGCCAAUCCAAAUAAACCCAAACCGAUCCUGGACAUUCUAUUGAGAAACCAAGACAAGCUGGUUGAAUUUCUAAUGAAAUUCCACACAGACAGGGCCGAAGAUGAACAGUUUAACGACGAAAAAGCUUACCUUAUUAGGCAAAUAAAAGAGCUUAAACCUUUACCAGGUCACUAACCGUUCUAUAAUAUUAUAUUUUUUUAUACUGAGUGUUCCAUCGUUGAAAGUAUUAUGUUUAUUUGCAUAAUGUUGUUAUGAUGAGACACUUAUCUUGAUUCCUGUAAUUGUUGCUAGAUUUUUGUUUUAUUUCAAUACGAAAGUUUGCUAAUGAAAAAAAAAACCUAUUUUAUUAAGAUCUAUUGAGUAGACCUUAUUUAUUAUUAGUGCAUUAUUGGCUUAAAAUUAUUCAUUACACAAACACCCCACGUGUAAUGAAUCAAAUAAUAAUAUUAUAUAGUUUAGAUUUUUAUUUUUAAUUGACUAGAACGAUUUAUUAUUAUUUUGUUGGUCUGGUCGUUAUUACCUCGGCUUCUUUUUCAUUGCUUAAAGAUGUUUCAAAGCUUAUUAUUCAGAUAGUUGGGUAAUGAAUGACUAUAAUACACUUUAAAUAAUAUUAAAAACCUGUGGUCAGAUGAUUGUAUUAAUUUAUAUAAAAUGAAUAGUUCGAGUAUUGAGAAAUAAAAAAACCAUUGUAAUUGUU